CGCACAGCGAGAGGCUUCCAGAGCGAACGCACCAUGUCUCUGUACCGCAACUCCGCCUGGUUCCUGAAGGGAAUGACCCAGUUCACCAGGAGCGCCUUCCUGUCGGCCUCCAAGAGGUUCGUGGAGAAGGACCUGGAGGUCUCCGUGGCCGGCCGGGCCUUCAUGAUAACGGGAGCCAACAGCGGCAUCGGGAAAGCCACCGCCAUGGCCAUCGCCAAGAAAGGUGGGACGGUCCACAUGGUGUGCAGGAACAAGGACAAGGCCGAGGAGGCGAGGGCCGACAUCGUCAAGGAGACGGGAAAUAAAGAGGUCUACGUCCACAUCCUGGACCUGUCUGAGACCAGGAAGGUCGGGGAGUUUGCCGAGGGCUUCAAGAGGAAGUACAAGGCCCUCAACGUACUGAUCAAUAACGCCGGCUCCAUCAUGAGCCAAAGGGACGUGAACGCCGAGGAGCUCGAGAAGAGCUUCGCCUCCAACGUCCUCGGGGUUUACAUUCUCACCAAGAGCCUCAUCCCGUUGCUGGAGAAGAGCGCAGAUCCCAGAGUGGUCACUGUGUCUUCGGGGGGAAUGCUGGUGCAGAAGCUCCGGACAGGAAACCUGCAGUCUGACAUGGGCCACUAUGAAGGCACCAUGGUCUACGCCCAGCACAAAAGGCAGCAGGUGGUGAUGACGGAGCAGCUGGCAAAGACUCACACUAACAUCCACUUCUCCGUCAUGCAUCCCGGCUGGGUCGACACUCCAGCGGUGGCCAACGCCAUGCCAGACUUCCAUCGCUCCAUGAAGGACAGUCUGCGGGCCCCGGAGCAAGGGGCCGACACCGUGGUCUGGCUGUCUGUCUCCGAGGCCGCCGCCACCAACGCCAGCGGCCUGUUCUACCAAGACCGAAAGACGGCGUCCGCCCACCUGCCACUGGCCUGGACCCGCAGCUCCGCCGUGGAGGAGCAGAAGCUGAUGUCCCAGCUGGAGGACCUGGCCAAGACGUUUCAGCCAAACUGA